ACCAAAACUAAAUUGGCACGAGGCUGCCACUUUUCACUUCCAUUUUCAGAACAUAAGGCCACGUUUGGCAUCCAUCCCUCCACAGUAACCUUUCUGUCUUCUUUUGUGGGUCCAUAUGCCCACUUCAAACCUUACCACAAUCCUCCCUCACACGUUCACAAACUCAUCUCAGAUCAUGCCUAA